UCCGGACUGACAUAAAAUUCCCAAAACUUAGACGAUGAAGUAACGGAUAUGGAUUCAGAAGAAAUCGGGAAAACAUUUCAAUCAUGCAUGUGGAUAUUAGCUGCUUUGAUGACAUUUGCAACAUGUAACGGAGCAUAUGUUGCCGAAGUUCAGCCGCAUUACGGAAGUACUGGAGGAGGAACACUUAUAACAGUAACUGGAUCAGGUUUUUCGACAAACAAGUUUAGCCUAGAUGACAAUCCCUAUGUCGGAAAUCGAGUUUACCUCGUGAGCAAUACCGGUAGGCAAUAUUACUGCCCUGUGAUCAAUGAGAGAUGUUCAGGUUCUGUCAUAGUAUGCUAUACACCUAGUGACUUACCAGGCACCACUUUCAACGUAACAAUUGUGGUCGACGGAGAGGCUGUAAGUCAUUAUAAUUCCAGAGACUGUUGGUACAGACCAAGCCACAGUUAUACGCCUUUGUUAAAUGAGAUAUCCCCGUAUGCUGCAUUACCAGGAUCAAAUGUUACACUCAGAGGACGAGUGUUCACAGACGUGUACGGACCAAGAAGCGAUGACGAGCAGUUCGUGACAUUAAGAAGAGUAUAUGUUGGUCCGUCAGAUUGUGAUCUCGGAGAUAACGAAGAGUUAGAAAAUUUGAGCGAUGACUUCAUAAAAUGCAAAACCAAGGGCACAUCAGUCGGCUUCUUCAAUGCAAGUUUUCUUAUUGAUCAGCACUAUGGCAGAUCCGUUGCUGCUGACAACCUGUAUCGUCUUUCUUACAAGGAUCAGAUUUACAUGUAUCAGAUUUAUACAGAAAUCACAGGUAUAAGUCACUCAUCUGGCAGCGUGGCUGGAGGCUUAUCACUUACCAUAUUCGGCAAAUACUUUGAUGACAGAGCACCAUACACCAAGCCAAAUGCUUAUGUAGGAGACAGUGUUUGCGAGGUUACAAAUGUUAUACCAGAUGUGUCUGUUGAAUGUAUCGUUCCGCCUGAGCCACAGCACUCUGCCUUAAAGUUUGCAGGCGAUAGAGGUGUCAACUUCGAAUACUGGACGACAUUACCAAAUGAAUUCAAUGGAUUAGACACCAUUUUGACUUUUACAAAGUCUGAUCCAGGAUACCAUCUUGAAAAACUUGAUGAGACAUUUUUCAGUAGCGAAUCCUGGCACCAUUUUGUGGCAAGAAUGACAACGUUUUUCAAACCUCCCCACACUGGAGAUUAUCAGUUCUUUUUAUUUGCCGUAAACCAAGCAAAGCUAUUUGUAGACGGGCAUUCAAAAGUCAGUUGCUCUAGCCGAUGGCAAAAAUCAGAAAGAAUAACUUUAGAUGCAAAUAAAAAGUAUCACCUGCAGAUUGUGCAUUACACAAGUAGCAGAAAUCCCAAAAUUCAUCUGAAGGUUAAAUAUUUUGGUACAAAAUUUACAAGAACGUGGAUAAAAAAGGCCGAACAGGAAAAACAAAGAAUAAUGAUAACAUCAAUUCAAAGUAAAGAAGUACAGCGAAUUGAGUUUCAAAAUUUUACAAAGCAGUCAUAUGAAUACGAAGUACAAAUUGUUGAAAUCAAUACAGCUGGUGAAUAUAGAUUCGGCAUUUUCGGAAUUUAUACUGCUCCUUUGACGAACUACAUGCCGGCCACAAAUAUCGAAAGUGCACUUUCUGAUCUUCCAAUCUGGGGAGAAGACGAGUCAGUGAAUGUGACUAAAAACGAUUCUUACCCUGAAUUCUAUACGUUAACGUUCAUUUCAAAACGUGGUGAUUUUCCUGAUAUUGACGUUAUCCAGGUUGACUCCGUUUUUCCAUUAACAUUUAAUGUCACUGAGGAAACACAGGGAGUCCCUGAUCUAGAUACUGUCGCUCUUGCGAUCAAUGGAGUUGUGUCAGAACCCUUUGCUGUAACGUCACUGGAUGCUGCAAAUCUGAAAGAUGUCAUACUGAAAAUGUUUGAGGCAAAAUGUCCAGAAAUGUUCGAAUCGUCCAGUUCUGUAAAGUACUUUGAGGGGUUUGAGGCUGAUUCGUCCUGGUACAAUAGAUAUCGUAUACGAAGCGUCGAUGCCUUUUGCGGGAAGUAUGCUCUCAGAAAUCCAAAGAUUGUUUACCAAAGACAGAAUGAGAAUAUUUUCUUGACAUAUUAUGGAACGAUAUGCUUCGCAUAUAUGGGAGUUUUCAAAAAUGAAUUAACAGUCGGGUAUACGUAUAUAGAUUACAACAGCGGGACCCAAAAAACACAUUCUCUUCAUAUGAUUCAUCAUUUCUAUGCAAUUACACCAAAAAGGUGGUAUUACACAUGUGCAGACGUAUACUCAGAAAUCUUAGCAAGUAGACCAUUAGACACGAUGCCACGUCUGGAUUUUCUGGAGGUGUACUCCAGCAAUGAAAUUAGCGUUAAUUAUGUUGACUCGGUUUCUAUUGGACAAAUUCCUGUGACAGAACCUAGAGAGGUACACAUGAGUCGGUUACCACCGGCAUUUGAUGAUGAUAUCCAUGAUGUUGCUGUAACAGAAGUGUUUACAGGUGUUUAUGACGUAACAUUGGAAACAAUGCCAUGUGCCAACCUUGAUAUUCCGUUAUUUGAAGCUGCUAAUGGAAAAUUACAGGAUGUAAUGACAAAUGUGUCGAGAAGUUCAAUGGAAUAUACUUUUAGAGGUGAUGAAGGGUCAGCAAUUGUUACAGUGACCAGGAUGUCAAAGACGUCUCCAAGGUUGUCUGGAUCAAUUGAUUUGACAUUUAAUGGACACGAAAAGAAAGGUAUAAAUGUUUUACUGAAAGAUGAAGAAUUCAAACGGGAACUGGAAUCUUUACAAACUAUUGGUGGCGUGAAGGUACAGAAAAGCAGUAGAGGCUGUUUCAAAGUCGAUAUAAGUAUUGAAUUUCUUACACUUGCUGGCGACCUUCCUGAACUAACGGUAAACUGUGACCAAUUACGAGGCAAGGGUCCAUCAUGCAGUGUGUCAACACUUACGGAUGGAGGUCUUUACUAUGACCCUUUAAGUGGUGAUAUGUUAUCAACCGUACACGAUGCGCCGCAAAUUAGGCUUUACGUUAAUGACGUACCGAGUACAUGCUCCGGAAAUUGUACUUUUAUAUGGAAUUCGUCUAUUACACCAACGGUGACAUCUGUUAACCCAAACACAGGCGCCUUUGCUUUGGGCACAGUCAUCAUUAUAUCUGGAACAGAUUUUAGUGAAAUUGACGAAGAGAAUAUUGUAACGAUAGGUGGGAUAAGUUGCAAAGUCACAGCAGCUGAUAAUUCUGUAAUAACGUGUAAUAUUGGUAACGGUCCUGCGGGUAUCUACCCAGUGCUAGUGAAAGUAGAAGGUAAAGGCUACGCAGUCGGAAAUACCGAGUUCACUUAUGCUGCAAAUGUCACAUCAAUUUAUCCUUCAUCAGGGAGUUUGGGAGGUGGUGUGAUACUAACAAUUCAAGGCUUUGGCUUUACGACGGAUGCAAACGUCACAAUUCAAGGACAAGGAUGUGAGGUUUUAAGUACACAAACGCACAAAUUAACAUGCAUCGUCCCAAAUGUUCAAACAAACGGAACAUUUGAAGUAGAGGUGUAUCAAGCCACAUCUUCACUUACCUAUUUUGGAUUCGCUUAUGACUUUGAUUUAACUGCUACAGUUAUCAGCAUAUCACCACAAGUGAUUGGUAUAAAAGGUGAUACAUUGAAAAUAUCUGGGACAGACUUUACAUCUAUCGCUGGUUCUGUGUCAAUUGGAUCCGAGGAAGUAACAGUCGUUUCCUGGUCUGACACAUACAUCGAAAUAUAUGUGACCAAUGUCUAUCCAGGAGUAAAUGAAUUAAGAAUAAACACAAGCAAUGGAUUCGCCGUAAAUGUGUCAAAUCUUCAACUUCCAACUUUGACUGUUGAAAUGAGUAUCACAAACGUUUUGCCAUGCCGAGGGUCAGUAAUGGGUGGGACAAAAAUUACCAUAUCAGGAAAAGGAUUUGGCAAUAACGAUACUGUUGUGAGAGUUAAAAUUGGAUCGGUGGAUUGUACAGUUGCCACGAUCAACGAUACGGAAGUCACGUGCGAUAUUAUUUAUACUGGAAUUGUUCAUCAUGUGACGAACAAAGGUGUUGAUCUUGCUUAUGGUGUCUACUAUGCGUUUGAUAAGCCAUAUAUUGUUAUAAAGGAAGGUGAUUCCGUGCUAUGGUCCUGGGAAACCCCUGAUUUUGUUAAUGAUAUUGCACAUGCAAUCAUUGAAAUAAAAGAUCCUAGUCAUUUAGUGCAUAAAUCUGGUGGCUUUAUCAGUGGAAAACCAAGUCGAAACGGUUUUUAUGUGCAUCGGUUUGCCCAAGCUGGUAUUUAUUAUGUCUGGAGUGGAUAUGUUGAUAAAUGGAAAAUCAAAAAUUACGUCGGUACAAUCGAAGUUAUGCGAACCAAUUCAACAAGUGAAGAAAUCCGUUUGAGUGAUGAAAAUAAAGAAGCUAUACAUGAAUUAAAAGAUGCAUUGUAUGAGGAGCCCGAAACAGCAUGUGUCUCGACACCGAUGAACAAAAGCACUGACAAUUUGUCUAACAAAUUCCUCUUUACAUUUUCUCAAAGCACCACCCCAAUUGUCAGUAUGAUAGGCUCAAAUAACGGAACAAUUAAGACUAACAUCUCAAUAACUGGCGGAGGUUUUUCAACAAUUAAUGAAAAAAAUGAUGUACGCUUUGGUGGACAUAAAUGUAUAGUUUUUUUUUCUACAGAAGACAAUAUAGUUUGCAACAUCGACAAACAAAGUGAACCAAAUAUCGGUAUUUUACAUCAGUUAAAAGUAAACGUCUAUAAUCAUGGACUGGCACGAAUUAACCUUCGCGAUGCAAGAAGUCGUGGUUUUGUUCUUAUUCCAAAUAUUGAAACAAUUACACCGAUACAUGGUUCAUUAGCGGGUGGUUUGAGAAUAACUGUUACGGGAUUUGGCUUCGGACGAUUCCCUGUUGUGCUGAUUGGCGGGUACGAAUGCCAAAUUAUAGAUGCAUCUAACACCCUAAUUAUUCUUGAGUCGCCACCGUCUGAUUUUGAAGGUCAAAAACAGGUUGACGUUUUUGCAUUUGUAACAGACUUUCCGGUUCAAGCUUUGUGUGAGGUGCAAGCCGACACAUAUUGUCUAUUUUCAUAUGAGAAUUUACUGACACCUGUAGUUUAUGCAGUGACUCCGAGUGAAAUGUCCGUAUCAACCUCCUUUUUUAUAAAUGGCACUCUACUUGGAAAUAUUAUGGAAAACCUUGAAGUGACUUUUGGGGGCGUAAAAGCUAAUGUAACGCAGGCAGCCAAUUCUUACAUAACGGUUAAUGUAAACGGCAUAUCGGUAGGAACGAACAGGGUUAUUGUAAAAGUUAAGGGAUGUGGUAAAGCUAUAGGAAAUUUGAGUGUUGAUGGAAUUUUAAAUAUACACAGUGUGUGGCCGACUUCUGGUAGCAUUUACGGCGGGACUAUUAUUACUAUUAAAGGAAAUGGGUUCGUGUUAAAUGAAUCCAAUGUUAAAGUUGGUUCUGUCCUCUGUGAUGUUGAAACAAUUUCAAUAUCUGAAAUAUUAUGUGUUACGCGUUCACAUCAGGCUGGUUCCGUCAGUAUUACAAUUUCUUCUGGACGGUUUUCAACUUCAUAUAACUCCUACAGAUAUUCGCCAGAUUCUACGCCUAAUAUUGCUACUAUUGAUCGGAAAUCGGGCUUUCCAGGGGAAACACUUACAAUCUAUGGGACAAAAUUAAGUAGCAACAGUGUAAAGGUUUUUCUCGGCCAGUCAAAAUGCGAUAUUAUCACCGGUAACGACACGACGAUAGUUUGCACUAUUGGAGAUCAUUCCACAGGUCAAGUUCCAGUGAAGGUCUUUGUUUCCAGUCUUGGGGCAUCAAACACAAAUGUAUUCUUUGAGUAUGGACUCAGUAUAUCGACGCUUGAUCCUAUACAUGGCAGUACAGCUGGGGGACAAAAGGUAGUUUUGACUGGAAACGGAUUUGAUAAAGCAGCUCAAGUAACUAUUUGCGGACAAGUUUGCACAAUGAUUGAUGUAACUUUUUCAAGUUAUAUAUGUGAAACAAUUGCACACAACGAUGGUGUUUGUGAUGUUGUUGUUUCAUUAAAUGGUUUGCAAAGAAAAUUGACGAAUUCCUACACCUACAAUUCUACGCUCACACCGUCUCUGUUUGAUGUAAGUCCCAAGAGAGGUGGUACAGGAGGUGGUACAAAGCUCACAAUAACAGGGUCAGGAUUUGGGUCAGCAGCGGGCAGUAUUUCUGUUGAAAUCGACGGAACAAACUGUACCAUAACAAAUGUGACUGAAACGAAUAUAGAAUGUUUAACUGGCUUACACUAUAGAUCAGUACAGGCGAAAAUUGUUGUUCAUGUGGCUGGAUAUGGCAUUGCAAAAGAGAUUGCAAGCAGUGAUGUAGGAUUCCAAUAUAUAGAUAUCUGGUCAUCCAUUUUUACCUGGGGCGGUGGACCGUUACCACAGGAGGGAGAAUUCGUCGUUAUUCCCUCUGGAAUGACUUUAUUACUUGACAUUGAUACACCUGUCUUGAGUGUGCUUUUAAUUCAAGGUAAACUCAUAUUUGAUGAGAAGGAUUUAGAAUUGCAGUCGAACAUCAUCCUGAUAUCAGAUGGUGGUUUACUGCAAAUUGGUACAGAAGAAAAGCCAUUCAAGCACAAGGCUAUUUUGACACUCCAUGGUCACUACAGAAGCAAAGAACUUCCUAUAUACGGCACUAAAGUGCUAGCUAUAAGGAAUGGAACCUUAGAUCUUCAUGGAUGUGCAGUACCAAUUACUUGGACACGUCUGUCAUCAACAGCAUUAGCGGGUGGUAAUACAAUUGAAUUGAUAGAUAUGAUUGACUGGAAUAUUGGAGAUGAAAUUAUUAUUUCUACUUCUGGUCUCUACAAAUCCCAACAUGAAAGUGAAAAGAAAACUAUAUCUGCUAUAUCUGAAAACAAAAUGACACUGACUUUAGACUCGCCUCUAAAUGCAAACCACAUUGGUGAUGAAGAAUAUUUCAACGGAACAUCGGUUCGAUUAAGAGCGGAAGUUGGGCUUUUGACACACAACAUAGUAGUUAGAGGGAACAGAAAUUUUCAAUGGACUGGAGUGGCCAAAAAGUGCAGACCAGGAACGCAUAAUGAUGAUUACAUACCUCGAACUUGUUUUCACGGACGUCUUAGUGAAGAAGCAGGAAGUAGCCAGUUUGGUGUUAUCAUUGUCGUUCAUGCCGCAAAGUACAACACACUUUUGGCUCGGCUUCGAAUUUCAUAUACUGAAAUAACAUUUGCUGGUCAAGCAUAUAGACAAGGCAGACAUCCGGUAUUUUUCCACUUGAAUGGUAACAUGUCUACAAGCUAUUUAAGAGGAUGCAGUAUCCAUGGAACAUUCAACAGGGCAAUAACCAUUCAAGAUUCAAACAAUAUACUUGUAGAGAAAACGGUAAUAUAUGACAUUUUGGGAAGUGGUAUUGUCUUAGAGGACGGUGUCGAAACUGGAAACCAUUUCCAACACAAUUUAGUGGUAUAUGUUAGAAGUAGCUCAUGUUUAUUUCAUGGAGAUUCCAUACCAGCCUCGUUCUUGAUAACAAAUCCAGACAACGUGUUACAGCAUAAUGCUGUAGCUGGUGGAAGUCAUUAUGGUUACUGGUAUAAAAUUAAAAAUAAGCCAAGCGGUAUCUCUUUCAAAAAACAAGUAUACCCGUCACAAAUUCCCUUAGGAAUUUUCAAAAAUAACUCUGCACACUCGUUCAGAAGAUACGGUCUUUGGAUAUUCAAAGACUAUUUUCCAUUGAAUUCAAAUAUAGAGUCAACAAGUUUUGAAGGUUUUGUUUCUUGGAAUAAUGAAAAAGGAGCCGUGGUAGUUAAUUCUAGCCCAAUGAAUUUCAUAAACUUUGUUUUCGUCCAGAAUAAAGUGGCUGGAUACGAGGGCAAACUGUUUCAUGAUAUGCCUUAUUACGUGAAUGAUUCAACCACUUUUAAGGGCGGUUUGGUAGUAGGAACAACAAAUUUACAGCCAGAUUAUAUUCAAGGAUGCACAAAAACCGGUUUGAUCUUACCGUAUGGUAGAGGUUAUAGAUUAUCAAACGUAAGCUUCAUUAAUUUUGCUAGUUCUAGUUGUGCAGCGGUACGAUGGGUAAGACUUAGAGAGUGUUCAUGGCUUUGUGGAGGUUAUACAUACUACACUGAUCAACUUAGAUUUAUCAAUGCUCCAAACAAAGCUGUAUACGAGUGGGAAUGGGAGGGAAUUAUUUUUGACAUGGAUGGAACAGCUGCGGGAAAAUCGGCAAAUUCGACUGUCUUACCGACCUCAGGAAGUGUCCCCAAUGAUUGUGAAAUAGACACAGAAUUUGGUGCGGGUAUUGAGGCCAGUGUCUGUCCUCCUCAACACAAAUGGCAUAGAUUUGCCUUUCAUCGUGUUUACCCUGAACAAUUGAGAGGAAGACACUUCAUUAUUGCCAAUGAAUAUGGAAAUAGUUCUGUUAGGUUUGCAAAUGAUCGACUGACUCACGACAAUGGCUGGAUGUGCGCUUUGCUCAGUGGAAGUACAUAUACAGUUUAUUUCGAGCCGGAAGAAAGAAGAAACAAUCUCAGCUUCUCGGGAUUAUUAUAUGAUUUUCGGGUUGGAGAAUACAUCAUUUUUAAAAUUAAAGUGAACGAUUUUCCGGACCGGUUUGAAGUAAACAGUAUAGAAAAAAAUAUGACCUUCGAUGGCAUCAACGUAACUGAGGGUGUCACUGGCGAUUGGGAGUGGAAUAAAAUUACCAAAGAAAUUUCAUUUUUAGUAAAAGCUAGCCAUACAGACUUCAAACACUCUGUCGACAUACCAAUUUCCCUGUUCAUUCAGAAGUGCUUUUACAAGGACUGCAUUCCACCUCCGCCACCUCCACCACCAGAUGAAAUCGCUCCAGCGAAAACUAGGCCACCCGGUUUUCAAUAUUGGCACGAUCACACAAUAUGGAAUCUUACCUCUGAUGGGUAUAUGACGAAUGUCGGUGAAUUCGGAGAAAGAAUACCACAAGACUACGAGGACGUCAGAAUAUUAUUUAACACAUGGGUGUUAGUCAACAGAACUGACAUACAUAAGAUUGCCACACUCCUUCUGGAAGGUGUACUCGAGUUUGCGAACAUCCCCGGUGCUGUCUUUGAUAUCGAAGCGGAUUUCGUAAUAAUUAAGGGAGGCCGGCUCAUAAUUGGAUGGCCAAAUGAUCCAUUUGAUGGUAUUGCAAAUAUAAGACUUCGAGGAACUCAAUCGUCACCACAUUUUCAUGUUGAAUCUGGAUAUACUGUCGGACCAAAAUCUAUCGGAGUUUUUGGUGGUUUGGACCUCAUCGGGAAGGACUUUGGAAUAACCUGGACUGAACUUGCAACGACAGCGCAUGUAGGAUCAAAAAUGAUCAAGCUGAAAGAUCCUGUAAAAUGGGCUUCUGGGAAUGAGAUUAUGAUAAGCGCUACCAGCUUUAGUUCGCAGCAAACAGAGACCUUUAGCAUUAUUUCAAUUAAUCCGGACAAUGUUACUUUGAUACUGAACGGUUCAAUCAGUUUUAAACAUAUCGUACAUACAGAACAUUUUCCUGAUGGACGCAACGUUUCUAUAGGUGCAGUCGUUGGUCUUUUGACCCGAAACAUAAAGAUCAUGGGUCAAGAUUCUAAUUCUAUACAUGCAAAAUCAUUUGGAGCUCGAGUGCACGUUGGACGGAUAAUUGGUAAACAAUGGAUAUAUACGGGGUAUGCACGAUUAGUGAACGUUGAAUUUUACAAUACUGGUAUAUGUGAUUCCCGAGAUUUACAGAUGUACGAGCGGGAAUUUUCUAUUACGUUUGCCAAUGUCGGACAAGUUACCGUUCGGAAACCUUCUGUUGUCACAAAAUGCUCAUUUCAUCACGGCUUUAACACAGCAGUUGUAGCGUUGGGUAUUGGAAAUCUAAAUGUAACAGAUAACGUUAUAUUUGGCCGUUAUGGACAUGGCUUUGUAACAGCAUCUGAAAACACUCGAGUUAUUAAUAAUAUGAUAGUUGCUACAAAAGAAAAUGGCAUUGAAGCAACUGGAGCAGCAAGCCUUACUCUACAAGACAACAUUGUAAUCGGGUCAGGAAAAAUUGGUUAUCACAUACCAUCUGAAAAUUGUGCUGAAACGAGAUAUCGAGAUAAUAAAAUGUACGGCAACGUUAUUGGAGUCUUUUCGCGCGAUCACGUGCAUUCAGACAACUGCAUUAAGAUCAAUGGUUUUACAGGCUGGAAGAAUGCUGACAUUGGAAUAUUUUAUAUUGGGCACGCGGGUGUAAUCUUCGAGCAUAAUAUACUGAUUGAGAAUCAAAUUGGUGCUUUCAUCAAAAGUUACUCAUUUAAACCAGUCUAUGAACAUGUUUUUGCAACUAUACGAAAUUCAACAUUUAUUGGACAGACGUCGUCGUUUGAUUGUUUAAAUGAUAGGAUUGUACCGGGUAUGAGAAAUAGUAUUUCAUUACGUACAGUUAGUCUUAGACUGUUAAAUUCAAAUAAAAUGUAUGGAAUCGUUUUUCCGCAUCUCAGGUCCAUUGGUGCAAUUACAAGAAUGAUGGACGUCACAUUUUCAAAAUAUAGCAUGACAGAUUGUAAUGGCAACUUUGCUAUAACAACAAAUAUAGAAAACAGUAACGGUCAUGCUCCAAUCAAUUCUGAAGACAUCACAGUUUAUGAUGUUGAACAUUCUAACAAAAUCAUACUACAAAGAGCAGACAAUGAGCGCGGAGAUCAUUGUGUCAGACUAAAUUGCGACGCUUUUAAGUAUGUUGUCUUUAGAGAUUUAGAUGGCUCGUUUCUCGGGCACACUGGAUCCGUAGUUCCAGAAUCAGAGUAUGGAAGAAUUGAUGAAUGUAGAAUCCCAAGAGAAAUGAUGACCAUGCCAAACGGGACAAUGAUUCCUUUCAAACAACUUGUUCGUGAGCAAGGGAUCGUCCGUAAUGAUAAUUGCAUAUAUCAGACGACCUGGCAAGCAUACGAGUGUUUUAGUGGUCUGAACUACAAAUUCAUCAGCAUUCAAAGCGUGGAUCAAGACGCGGGGUAUCGUCAGGUUUCUCCAGUUGCCAUGCUUAGCGAUGGCUAUCUUGACUUAAUAGACGUACCACAAGAUCACAUAAGGUGUAAAUUUUACACGUGCCGGCAGCGAAAAUCUUCAUUUGUGGCGAUGGUUGUCAUGGAUAAAGAUUACCUCGUGCAUUUCACAGGCACAACACCAAGACAUAUGCGAUAUAGACUUUUCAAUGCAAAUGCGGACGAAGGUUUUAAAUUGACUGUUUGGUAUUCGAGACCUAAUAGGCUAGAUGUUUUUGUGGACGACAAGUUUGUAAUCGCAACUAAUGCUAAAAUUGACCGGUUUGAUAGAUAUAUCAUAAGUAUGCCAAAAGGUAAUGAGUUCGAACCGCGGAUCACUGAUACAGCGGGUACGAACUUUUUCGAUAGAAAUCGUGGUGAAAUUACAAUCAUCAUCAAAGGAAAUGUAAGAAUUGACGUGAGGACGCAGAAUACAAUUAUUGUCUCAUUCGGCAUACCUGCAUUAACUUUGGAAGACUUCUAUGGCAAGAAUAUCGUUGAAAAUUUGGCAGCAUUUUUUGACAUACCAUUGACAAAGGUCAGAAUAGCAAGGACUGUCAAUGAACAAACGGGAACACGUCGGAAAAGAUUCGAUUCCAAUAUGAUAAUGGAGAUUGAAAUAGGAGAUGAGCCUGUUACAGAUAUAAAUUCAACUUUACAAGACACAAUUGAAUUCUCAGACCUUGUCGUAAUUGCAUCAAACAUUGUCAAUGAAUGUCAACUUGGAAAUUUUUCCCAAGCACUGAACACCACAAUUACCUGUGAGACAGUCGGCUUGCAGACUGAUGAAUUGGGUACCGGUUAUAUAAUUUACAAUGCAGUCCCGCCAGAUUAUUUGUUUUUCUUCGAAGAACCCGAGGCAGAUUAUGAAGAUGCAUUGCUAAAAACACAACCAAAAAUUAGGGCCGCCGAUAUAAAUCACAAUGUUGUACCCUACCUUGGAACGAUCGAAUAUCCCUGGCAGAUGACGGUUAGUUUGAGAGUUGACGGCACGGGACACAAUGCGACAAAACUCACCGGAAACCUUUCGGUCAGUUCAACUGAUGGGUGGUUUAACUAUACCGACCUCGUAAUUUCUCCGUUAGGAUCAAAUUUCAUUUUGGACUUCAAUGUAACUUAUCCAGAAAAUGCAAAGCAUUUUACUCUAACAUCUAGACGUUUCAAUGUGUCUGCUCGACCGCUUAAGAUAAAUGUACGAAACGAAACUACAGGAAUUGUAUUUACUGGUGAUAUAUUUGGAGCGACGCUUGAACUUUUGGAUCAACGUACAGAUGAGAUCAUUACAAACAUUACAUGGAGACAACAUAGUUGGUCAGCUGAAGUCGGCAUGCUCAGUAGCUCGCCUUAUGCAAAUGUAACUGGUACAUUCAACACGUCCUUUGAUCCUGAGACCGGCCUGGCUAUCUUUCCAAAUCUGUCUUUCUCGGGGUUUGGUAUAUAUUACCUAAAAUUGAUUGUUGUCUCUGAUCCACCAGAAUACAAUCUGACUUUAAACCACAGAGUAACGAUAUCAAGUCUAAAGCAUAGUAAUUCGACCAUAGAAGAAGUAUGCGAAGUGAAGGUCAAACUGGACGAAGAUUUCAAAGAUGUUUUGCCAACAUUUGACAAACAAAAUGAAUUUGAGCAGAAGAUUUUGACCGAAUAUGCCAACACCUGGACAGAUGUUCAGUUGCUUAAUGGCUCUGUAAAUGAAGGAAGUAUUGUUGUCACAUAUGAAUUUGCUGGUUCAAGAUCAGCCAUCAACUCCACACUGUAUGGAAUUUGCAGUGAAAUAGCAAAUGGCACAAUCUACAACUUCGACAACAAAACCUUUAAGCUUGCACCUUACAUGACUGUUAACAACUCAGCAUUCUAUGGCGUCAAUUGUGGAGAAAUCCCUAAAGACAGUAAUGAUAGGGAUUCCGAUAAAAGGGGAACAUUACGUCAUAGUAUUGUCAUUAUCACUGCAGUUGUUACAUCUGUAUGUCUAAUAGCAGGUCUUUUCACUAUUAGUCUUAUCUGGAGGAAUUGUUUCAUGCAAAAGACUCAUACACAAGUCCGGCCACAAAACAGUGACAACGGCCAAGAUAUUCAAGAAAUUAAUGAUGAGGAAGACAAAUUACAGAGAAUUGAACGUAAAGAUCCGCAGACUCCUGCAGCUGCCGCCUUCGAUCCUAAAAAGUUGAGACUUACCUUUUCUCACUUUUUCCUACGAAUCGACUCGCCUGAACCAUUACAUCCUCCCGGAUAUACAACAGGGAAUGAACUAUAAACAAGUGUUAAUUUGCUGACUUUGAGCUAUGUACAUUUUCGUCAAUUGUAUCCGACAAGACGUAAAGAACAUGAUUGCAUUAAUACCACGAAAUGUAAAGAACAUCAUUUCCUUACCAUUCAGUACCAAUUGAUAUAUUAAAUUAAACAAGUUCAUGAUAGUCAUGAUUGCUCGUAGAUCAAUCUGCUUUUGUUAUAAACAUUAGAUAUGCUAUGUUUGGUUAUUUUACUUUAUUUCAUUUUAUUUUAUUUUUCUGACACAGAAAGAGUAGCUUUAUAUUUACUUUAUCAAGUGUUUUACCUUAAAUUUGUACUUAUCUGUCUUUGCAUUUGCUUUUAUCCUUACACAGACUUCUACCCAAAUUUCAUAUUAAUAUUAAUAAUUAUUCCUUUUGUUUAUUUUCAAAACGAUGGUGUACAAGUCGUACCCAGACAAAGAACUAUUAAUGUUUUGUUUUACUCAUAUGUUUUGGUUUUUGUAAAUGAAUAGAUUGAAUCUGUAGAGAACUACUCGUAUCGUCUGUUUUCAUAAGUUCAGGUGAUAAUUUUCUGUGUUUAACAAGUUUAUGGUAAUGUGUAUCAGUUUAUUUGUAUAUGUUCUGUUUUAUUUUGAAAGUAUAUAAACUUACUCAUUUAUGGA